AAUAUGCAUACUUUCUCUAUUCUACUAUAUAAAUACGAUCAAUGAAAUAAAAUCAUUCAUUUUAGGGUUUUCUCAUUUGGGGAUUUAGGGUUUGCCGCAGAAUCAUCGCCAUGGGAAGAAGACCGGCAAGAUGUUACCGUCAGAUUAAGAACAAGCCUUACCCGAAAUCCCGCUUUUGUCGUGGUGUUCCUGAUCCUAAGAUUAGGAUUUAUGAUGUUGGUAUGAAGAAAAAAGGUGUGGAUGAAUUCCCAUUCUGUGUGCACCUUGUAAGUUGGGAGAAGGAGAAUGUUUCAAGUGAGGCAUUGGAAGCUGCACGAAUUGCGUGUAACAAGUACAUGGCUAAGUUUGCUGGGAAGGAUGCUUUUCAUUUAAGGGUUAGGGUGCACCCGUUCCAUGUGCUUCGUAUUAACAAGAUGCUUUCAUGUGCUGGGGCUGAUAGGCUCCAGACUGGUAUGAGGGGUGCUUUUGGCAAACCUCAAGGGACUUGUGCCAGGGUUGCAAUUGGUCAAGUGCUUCUUUCUGUUCGGUGCAAGGAUAGUAACAGUCACCAUGCUCAGGAGGCUCUUCGUCGUGCUAAGUUCAAGUUUCCUGGUCGUCAAAAGAUCAUUGUUAGCAGGAAGUGGGGAUUUACCAAAUACAACCGUGCUGAUUACUUGAAGUACAAAUCCGAGGGCAGGAUAGUACCAGAUGGAGUUAAUGCUAAGUUGCUUGGUUGCCAUGGACCUCUGGCAAAUCGCCCAGCUGGGAAAGGUUUCUUAACGAGUGCUACUGCUAGUGCAUGAGCGGGAUGUACUUGAUAUGAUCAUAGAUGAUACCAUGUAGUGCAUGAUUUCACCAGGCCUAGAUAUUAUUUUUGCUGUCCUAUUUUGAAUUUGGCAAGACUGAUUUUGUCCAAUAUGCAAUGGUUCGAAUAUGACAAUUUUUCUUUAAAAUUUUGUGUUUUCCUUAACUAUAGUGAAUGAAUUAGCUAAGACCCUUUCAUUUUGUAA